CAGCCCGAACGGUUCCUGUGCGUUGCACUGGUAUGCGACAGCAACUCACAUUUUUGAUGGCUUCACAACUGUGGUCUGAGACGAGGGGCAGCAAGGCCCCCAGCGGAAUUUGCACAGAUACCAUGUCUUAUCUCGAGCCGUUGAAACUAGAUUGCCAAUUUUCGCUGCAUUCGGUAGCAAUUUCCACAUUCAACGCGGUUGCACAGUUCAACAAUCCAAGAACCCACACAGGGAGUUCCUGGCCCAAGCCUUUUACAAUGCUGGUAGCAGUGGCUGUGACCGAGCAGAUUCGACAGUGAAAAUUUCAUGAAUAUAUAUACUGGCCAAUCCAUCAUAGUGGCUUACAGGUCUCCGAUUGGAUUUCAGCUUGGUCGGCGUUACGUUACCCAAAACACCAUAUCAGUG